AUGAGACAUGAUGUUGUUGAAUCUAUGAGACUGUCAGGAUCUCCGAAUUCAAUUAUAAAACUGAGUAUACCAUGGUUAGUCAACCAAAAUGGCUUUGUAACUACUCUGAAAGUCAACCUAAUUAAAUCCAGUCUGAUCCUUGAGCAUUUAUGGCGUAAUAUAUUAACUAACAAUCAGUACGUAAACCUCGAUCUAAAAAUGUACUAUCCGAGAGAAUGGAAUAUGCAACACUUAUGGGAUAUUGGGUUAGACACUCGUGAUACACAAUUAACUGUAUUGUUUGAUUACAAACAUUACUUUAAAGGUCUUAUAGAUGAUUGGUGUCGUGGUUCUCAUCCGGAUUUACUUAGUUUUAUCCCGUGCACUUAUAAAUUUCACAUUAAAUCAAACAAUCUAGAUUUUAUUUUAUUAGCCAAUGAUUACAAUUGGAUAUCAAAAUAUGGUGAAAAUGCUUAUCUUGGAUUUCAUGCGAAAAAGCUUAUGGUUACUUUUGAUCUACCAUUCAUAGACUUUUUACCAACUACAGUACCAAUCAAUUACAAUAUUGAAUGUUCUUCAGUGUCACUUCGAUUAUCCGUACCAGAGUCUAGUACUCUGUAUUAUAUAAUACAAGAAGUUCAUAAUCGUAUGAAAUUUGUUAAUGGUCGUGGUCAAAUUCAAAAAUCUUCACCAUUUCAUUCUAGUACUCAAGAAAUGACAUUUCAUGAAAAAGUUUCUAAAACAAUUAAUUGCCAAUGGUUCGACUGCGGCUGGACACCUCGUUUACUUCUUAGAAUAGCCUACAUUUAUCACCCAUCACCGUGGGUAUCUGAAUAUUGGCGUUUUGUUCCUUCGGAAUACAGACCAGUAGUAUCUUCAGCUAAAUUAUCAUAUCAAAGUGGUCGUAAGCCUAGUGCAUUCAAACGUACAACUGCUUUAAAUUGUCAGAAUGUAGAAACAACGAGUCAAUCAGACUUGGAGGAAAUAGCACUUAGUAAACUCCGACCGGAAGGUAGCCAUACACAAGGUCCUACUGAAAAUGAUAUACUACAGAGUAAAUGUGACAUCUUUGCAUGUUUUGAACCAGAUACAGUUGAUAUACAUUUGCAUGUUCCUUCUGCACAACUACUCUUCUACGGUGCAGUACUACGACAUUUUAUUCAUAUAAAAGAAAAUUACUUUGGAAUUUAUCAGACACCUGUAAGUUUUGAUCGUGAACCUCUUCGACCGGAUGAAAGCUUUUCCCUCACUGAUGAUGAUUUAAUCCGAUUGAAAUCUCAAACUAAUCAUAAUUCCGGGGAUGGUCAUACUGAUCUAAGCAAAAUCGAUAAGCUUCCAGAGAAACGCAUCAUUGAUCCAAGGGAUUUUCGUCCCCUAUCUGUACGAGUAUCACUGGAAUUUCAUAAUAUUCAAGUUCAUUUGCCCAUGCAUUGUUCAUCUGAUGAAUCGCCUUGUCCAACAGCUUUUCUAGAUUGUAUUGGAUUUGAAAUGGACAAACGUUGGCAUGAGACAAAGCUUCAAUUGCUUUUUUCACCAAUUUUAGUAUGCUUCUAUGAUCAAAAUAAGGACUUUCGAUCAAAAUCGGACUCAAAUGUAUCUUCAAGUCGUAUUCAACUUGUCGGUUUACAAUUACGUGGUCAAGGAAUGUUUAGUCAUGUUAAUUUACCCCUUCGUGCAGAAUCAUUGGAAUACGCUUGGUUAUUAGAACUGACGGUUGGUCAACUUACCGGCCAAUUAUCCGCUCCUAAACUAUCAUGCUUAGUACAAUGUUUGAAGGAAUUCAUUUUUUCUGCAGUUGAUUCAGAAAAUCAAUUAAUCUCUUCAAGAGCAUUCGAACUUUGUCAACAUGGUCGUCCACAGCAACUAUGUCCAUUUUGGCAUAAAAUUUGCUCUAACACUUUAUGCCCUAGUGAUAUUCAACUGAAAUAUCGAAUGUUACGUCUCACUAUUGACGGUAUUGAUUUGAGCAUUGUAGAGAGCCGAAACUGUUUAAGCAUCCAAUGUGAUCCGAUUCGUUUGGUUCAUUGUAAUAUGCAUGGUGCUACCUAUUGUGAUGGGAUGUUUGUAUUAAUUCCUGAUAUUAGAUUAAUACAAUUAGUUGCACCGAUGGCUCCUGAAAUCAAAAACCAACUUAAUUUAGACAAUCAAGCUAAAAGUACUAAAAAAGUGGAAAAUUCGGUUUUAUGGUUUGAAGCUGGCUCAUUUUCUCUUGGUCCAGUUCACAUUAAUCUUUCCAGGACACCAGAAAAACGUAAUCAUCUCAAUUGGCAAUUGGAUUUUCUUAAACGUCAUGAUUUAACAACUAAACGUUUAUCAUUUCUUUGGUCAGAUAAUAAUGAUGUUAUCAGUGGGACACUUCGUAAUUCCAGUUUAAAUUCACGCAUACCCGGUUAUACUGCUCCAGAUAUAAUACCCAAUUGUGGAUGCUAUGGUCAAUGUUCAUUUUUUGGACAAAACGAAAGUGGACGAAUUUUGUUUCACGAAUUAUCAUCUGGUGACUUUCGACAACGUGCUAUAUUUCCAUCUAGAGCUGAUUAUAAACCUGAUUUAUUUACACCAUCAGAUAAUACUAAUAAUGAUGAAAAUCAACCAGCUUUUGGUGUUAAUCAACAGAUACCUGCAUCCAAAGUUUUUGACUCCAACUCAAAAAGCUUAGGUUUCGGUGAAAGUCUUUUACUUCCUAACUGUCUGUUACAUGAAUUACAUUCUCCUGAUGACUGUUUGGAGAAAUAUAACGGUUUACUGCUUAUGCGAGAGGAACUUGUUUCAGCUCUUCUUGAGGCCAGUAUUCAGAAAGGUAUGGAUUGGUAUUUACUGCAUUUUUGUGAGGAACACUAUCAAUCUGAUACAGAUUCAACCAGAAGUUCCAAUAGUUUAGGAACGUAUGCAUCUUUUAAUCAGAGUAGUAGUAAUUUGGAACAGCUUAUUGAACAUGAUUCUGAUACUUCUGAUGUCGAUUUAUUUUUGAAAAAUUCCAAAGAUAAUCCAUUAAAAGAUUUACUUACUUGUGAUUCAAUGGAUAAAAUGAGAUAUUCAACGAAUAGAACAAAGACAAAAGAUUCAUGGAUGGAACUCAAUGUAUCUCAACAGACUAAACAUUCAUCUCUAUCUGAUCUUUUAUUAGCGACAGUUAAUGACAAUUUAGAAGGCAAUCGAGCAAAUGAAGUUAAGAAAUUACGUGAAGAAAUAUCAUCAUUGCACUCAACCACAAAUAUUAAAAAUGAAAUAAAAAAGUCAAGUUAUCUACCAUCAAAUUUAUCACUGAAUACUCCUAUUGAACUGCCUCCACAUUCGGGCACUUCAUAUGACAGUUUGUCAAAUAAUAGUUUAAUUCAUCCAAUUCAUAGUAAUAACAACAAUACUGAGACACAGUCACACAUGGAAAAUAUUCGUAUUGGUUCAUCAUCGUCAUCACAUUGUAAGUCACCCCCAACUCCACCACCUCGAAAAUUUAUCAGAGAUCAGCAUUAUAUUAAAGAAAAAAGACGGAAUGAAUCACACAACAUGGAGAUUUCUACUCAUGAAAAAAGCAUAAAUAUCGAAUCUAAAGACUUAGAUGAAAACAGAAAAGAGUUUGAUGAUGCUUUUGAAAAUCUUGUCGAUCUCCGGACUCAAUUAAAUAGACCAAUAAGCGAGAGUGGUCUCCUACGUCCAGCUUACGGUCGACAUUUAAGCUCAUUUAAAUGUGUAGCCGGUUUAACCUGCCCAAUAAGUCUCCGAAAUCGUUGGCAUAUUUAUAAUCUGUUAAGAGUUGAUAAAAAUUCAUGCUCAAGUCAUUCAAAAUCGUCACCUCAUCAGAAUGUAACAGUUUUCGAUCUUCUCCGUCAAUGUCAACCUAAAAUUGCUAUUGCUCCACGUUUUCAGAUUCGGCAUACCGGUUUCUCAUCCCAGUCCAUUACUAUUCGUUCAGACUCAACUCCAUCACAUCCUGCUAUUCCUCCUUCGAAUCCUCCAGAUUUGACACAGAAAGAAUCAAAUUAUAAUGCUGAUUCUGGAACUACUACUGUGAAAUCGAAAGCUAUUGUUUGGCUUAAAGGUCCAAUUAACUUACUUCUUACUCCACUUUUGACGGAAUCACUUGAAAGAUAUAUAAAAAUACUUAUGCCAAUUGCAAGAACUACCUCACCCUCAUCAAUUGUGGAUUCAAUGCACUAUAGGUGCGUAAAAUCGGUGGAGCAUCAAGUCAAACCUUUGCUCAAUUCCACUCAUAAUAUAAUACCAAAAAGUCAAAAUUCUUCUGCUCAAAAAGUAAAACCAAACCAUUCAUCACGUUCUGUUUUUGGUGAUAAGUUAUCAACUAUUGCUGCUCCUGUAGAAGAACGCCAGUCAAUAUUACAUAAUCUUCUUAGUUCACGUUCUGCUCAAGAUGCAAUGCCUAGUAAUGUAUCUCAUCAGACUGUUACUUCUAAAUCUUUCAGAAUUCGAAGGAUAUCGGCAGAUUACGAGUUAAUGUCAAAUAGUCAAGAUACCAUUAAAUUUAAAAAGAAUACUUCAAAUACAUCUAAACCAUUGUGUUUAGUUUCUGAAUUAUCAGAUCAUCAGUUACAAAAUGAUGAUAAUUCUACUUCGCCAUUGAAUAAUUCAUCAAUCAUUUCAAUUUUAUCAAGUAAAGUAGCUUCAUUAUCAGUGGAACGAAUUCAUAUUUCAUUUUUACAACUUUAUGCUGUUGAAGAUUUAGUUCAUUUAGACAGUUUAAAAUCUGGUCUACAUGAUUUAACAUGUGUAUCUUUGAUGACAUUUUGUAUUGAUUCAUUUUCUUUUGAAUUAAUGGCAUCAUAUAAACGACAAUCAUUAAGUGAUAAGUCUGUUAAUGCUCAUUUACCGGAUAAACAUAACAGCAUAUCUACACCUGAUUCAAAUAUUAGUAAUCGACCUGUUGUAGCAUCAUCAACAGCUGACUCAAUUCAUCUCACUGUUAAACCACCAAGUACCAGUAACGUACAGAAUACCACCAAGUUCCAAAAAGAUAAUAUUUCAAUGAAAAAUAUUUCAUCCAGUGUUCAUGAUAUGUUUCAAACUUAUUCUGAUCUAUCAGAACGACACAACAUUAUUUAUAAGGACAACAGUAAUAAUAAAAAUAAUGAUGAAGAAGAAAACAAUUCAUUCCCUGUUAGAAAAAAACAUAAGAGACAACCAUCUGCUCCGCCUGUUCUAUACAAUUCGCCUGACUUAAGUCAUACUUAUGAUACAUUUGCUCAAUCCUCUGAACCAAUCAAUAUUAUGCAAAAAUCAAACGAAUGGCACGAUACUCUUUUGGAUGAUCUGAAAGGUAGUGAAUAUCAAUGUCAAAGAAAAUCAGAACAUGUAGACGAAAAUAGAUCCAUGAAACUGGUUGACAGUCAUAAGGUUAACAAUAUUAAAUCACCUAGUAUGGAAUAUAUUUAUUCGUUGUCGGGUUCGAAGCCCAAUCGAAAAGUUGGUGAUGCCGUCAAUUUAAGUUAUAUGAAGCCACCUGUGAACGAGCCGAAUUUUGUUAUCAGUAAUUCACUGGAUAGUGAACAUUUAGGAAGUGAAUUAGUUUGUCAAGUAACAGUACAAAGAAUUCAUGGACAAUUGCGUCGUCUUACACGUCACAGUCAAUUCAAUGCAGAUGUUUUACUAACAGCAAUACCUUUUGAAUCCUCUAGAGCAUUCUUUCGUUUCAUAUCGGAUCCAUGUAAUUCCAAUCUUAGUUCUACAGGUGAAUCUUCAUGUCCAUCCAAAUAUUUUGAAGAACAAAGUUUCGGUUGGAUUAUGUUUGAGUGUGGCUUACAAGGUUUAGCAUUUUCCUGGGUUCAGCGUAGUGGGUUCCCUGACCCAGUAUCAGUCGAACAGGUUACAAAGACUACAUCUACCGACCAACAACCGAAAUACACUUGUAAUGAGACUGCUCCUUCUGGACAUAAUACUUCUCCUCAAGCUCAGGCUUUUAAUUCGCCGAAUGAUAAAAAAGUGAAUUAUGUCAACGGUUUAUCAUCAAAAUUAGUUGUUAAUACAGUAUGGCUUAAUUUUGCUGCACCGAAGCGUUUACCUAAUAAAAGAAGAAUAGAACUUAUCAGAUCUGAUUGGAAUUUACUGAGCACUGCUGCUCCGACUAUUCGUGCAUGGAUAGAUCCUUGUAAUCGUUUAAUUGAUGUUUGUAAACAGUUUCGAUCAAAUUCAGAACGCCGUCUUUUAUCUGUUAUUUCCUGUCUUAUGACUGAAGUUGUUAAUCCAAGAUCAGAGGUUCUGAAUACAAUGAAUAAUAAUAAUAAACGAUAUUCAUACCCAAUCAGAAAUAAAGUCCAAUUAGUUAUGAAAAAUGAUGAUUUAGGGGGAUAUGCUCUACAUCGUACAGAAACUGCCCAUGUAUUACGCUUUGAUCCUAGUUGUCAGUUAUUAAUUGUCUUGCGGCGUUAUCUACUAACAAUGAGUGAUUAUUAUGGAAUAUCAAGAGCUGACGAACUUUUAGCUGAAAUGCUUAAAGAUUCUGUUGUUCCCGAAAAUGAAUUCCUUCAUCGUGGAAUUCUCUCAUUAACACGAGAAUGGCGUUUCUUAGUUGAUUCUCUUGCCGUAAGUGUAUCAGAUUUGAGAGCUUUACGAGAGUUUGCAACACCUUCAAUUCCUUUGUGCACUAAUUAUGCAGUUGAUGUUCGUCAGAAUAACUUUGAUGAAUCUUCAUUUAUUAUCCGUAAAGCUGGUUCAAUGUUUAGUACUUCUAAUGAUUGUCAGAUUAAAGAUAAUGACUCACUUCAGCAAACUGGAACUGGAAAACCACUUAUAACAAAUCCAAAAACUGGAAAUUAUCUUACAACUCCUAGUCCUGCAGUUACAUCUCGCCUAUUGAAAAUGGUUGUUGGUUCGUUGUCUCCAACAUCUCCUCGUCCUACUAGAGCAGGGUUAACAAAUAUUGAAGAUGGAUUGAAACCAACUGCAAAUAUUAACUCAAAUAUAGGGUUUUGUAGAAAACAAUCAGAUGAUAAUAUUCAUUACUUAACUGAUAAACCUAUCAAUGAUAAUAUACAAGGAUCAAAUCUAAUAAAUGAUGAUAUCUACGAUCAAACAGAUGAAGUGUAUUGGGAUGCAACUGAUCAAUUAAGUGAUUGCAAUAAUGAUACUGGUGAUCCUUUAAUUCAUAAUCCAAUUAUGAAACGUUUUCUUCAAGAUGCCAGAGCAAAUAUCAUGGAACACUCUUUAACGUCUAAAGUUACUUCCUCAAUCCCACAGUCUUCAGCAAAUAUCACUGACUCCAAUCAAAAUAAUACUGUUGAUGCAUCGUUUGCACAUAGAUUAUCUUCCGUAAGUGGUAUAGAUUUACAAGUUUGUGAAAAUGAUCACUUUACAACAGCAGUAUCCACCGAUAACAGUUCUAAAACUUCAUCAAAAAAACCAAUAAAGUGUACAAAAGAAAAACAGAUUUUGAAUACCUCAAACUUUGAUCACUUGUGUACUACAGGUUAUAAAAUUACAACAGCUGAUUUCGAACAAGCCGCUCAUUUGAAUGCUCAAUAUCGUUAUAUGGCUUAUAUACAAAGCCUUUUCUCACCAUUGCUAGAAUCAGUCGGACUAAGCAUCAAGGGUAUUCGUCGCACAACCUUAAUGAAGAAAUUUGAUGGUUUUCUCUCCAUUGAUGGUCUUCUACAAACAUUUCAAAUCGAAAUUGUUUCGUCCGCUCGUAAUCCCAUUUUUCAUUCUUUACCGAAGCAUCCUGCAUCUGAGCAGAUAAAUGAUCCUAACAACCCUCGACCAACUAAUCGCUCAUUUACUCAGCAAACAUGUUUCCAAAGACAAUCAGCGUUUUUAUGUUGUAAUUUUGCAUCACAUUUGAUAUUACGCGAUAUUGUUGACUACAGUGGUACCUCAUUUACGUCUCAUAAACAAAAAACGAAUCAUUUGAGUCAAAUGCAAACCACUACUAAAUGGAUAUCAUUUUACAUAUUGAUUUUAUUCGACAACAUGUCAAUUUAUCCUUGUUACGCCUUAGAUACAUGUAAAUAUAUGUCACGUGAUGAUCAAUCAGUUAAUCCAGUUAUCAUAACACCAACAGUGGUAUGGUCACAGAAACAUGAUUCUAAAGGUUCAUCAGAUGAUACCGAUGGAACAUUUCGAUCGCGCUCUUCCGCUUAUGUCCGUUUUGGUGGUGAAGACUCUAUUGAUAGUGGACGAUCGAAUAAUCUAAGCGAAGCUUCAAAGAGUAAAAAUAAAUAUGAGAGGUUCAGCAACAAUGAAGAACCAUUCCCUUCUUUUACUUUUGAACAUGAUCGUUCUUCUGGGGAGAAUACAUCUAAUUCUAGUACGGAUAAAGAUUUGCUGAUUAUUACUAAUCCAGCUAAUUUACAUGACAUUAUGACUACCACCGCACCGCGAUUUCCACCUAUUCCUACUAGUCGAAUUUCGCAAUCUGAAGAGUCGUCAAUGAAUGCUCCAAGAUCCCCUAGUAAUCUUGGUCCUUCAUGUUGGAGACGAUUAGCGAAUUAUGUUGAGUUAUACUCUACUGUACCUAAGACAAAGACUGUUAUUCGUAAGCCUAUAUUCACUUCGGUACCAAGUGGAGCUAUGCCUACUAUCACAGAAGAAGAUCGUGACCAUAAUGUUAUAUGUACGUCAGAAUCGUGUAAUGUUAAAAGUGAUCAAUCUGGUAGCUAUCAUUGGCCCCCAAGUACUUUCAAUCUAAAUUCACCUACAAUGAAUAAGGGAAUUCUAUUCGGCAGGAAAACUUUCCCCACUGUAACAUAUCGUGUUUUAAAUGAAGAAAUAGAUAGAGAUCAUGAAUUAAUCGGAUCUAAAGAAGUUAACAGUCAAAAUCACAAGUCUUUAUUCACAAAUCCAUGGAAUCCUAGUAUACAAGCAUUUUUAUCUCGCCCUUCUGCUGUUGUCAUUGGCGAUAAAUUUCAGAAUAUUUUCAAAGUUCCAGCAUCUAAUCAUCAAUCAUCAAAAUAUCCUUUUAUUGGUUUGUCUGAUACAUCAUCAAAAAACGAUAAUCAUCUAACUACAACCAAUCAUGGUUUAGAACAAUUUACUUAUCCAUGGGUUUGGGGUGAACGUGUACCACUUGUUGUAUUUGUUACUGCGAAAAUACGUCAAAUGGCUGUCAGUGCUGUGCUCAGUGAACUUAAUUUGAAUGCAGGUGUUAGAAAUGUUCAUGGUUCAUUUACACUUACUAAACAAACACGGGGGCAUGGCAGUUUCUCGGAAAAAUUCUUAACACACAGUUCGAAUUUACACUAUAGUGAUAGUAAUAUUCAAUUAACUGAAAAGUCACCAUCAAAAAUUCAGGAAGUUGUAUGUGUAAAAGCUGGACGUUCGCAUGUCAUGCUAUCAUGUAGUCGAAAUUUACAAUCAGAAAAAAAUGCUUGUGUUAUAAGCCUUGGAAGAAUAAUGGUCACUUUACCACAUCAUCCUGUACGAUUACAUAGUGUCGUACAACGUCAAGCUAAACGUAUCUCUUCUACUGUUUAUGAACUUUUAAGAAAUCCAAAUACUGGUUAUGCACAAAUUCAUUCUUGGCGUUCGUCUGGAUCUCGUAUGACAACAACUCCAACAACAUGUAGUACAACUACUACUGCUACAACAGCAAGUGAUCCAUCAAAUUAUUUCCGAUCAUCAAUAUCAUCAUAUCAACCAUUGACAACAAUGGAACCUGGACAAAUUUUACUGAAUGCAAAGACUCCUAACAAAAUUAAUCCAUCAUCACCACCGUUGUCAUUUAAUCUCUUAGCUGUUUCACAAGGUUUAACUGUUAAUGUAGCAUUGCAUUCUACAUUGAAAGCUGUUUAUCAUAUUGAUCCUGUAUAUGUCACUGGUCAGGUUGGAUCACGUAGCUAUGUGGAUAUCAGUAUAUCAGAUCAUUCACUUAGUCUAAAGUCUAUGCGCCCCCCAGCUAACUUUCCAACAUCAAUCUCAUUACCUUUUCCUCGUAUUUUGGCUUCGAUUGUUCAACGUGUUUCAUCAGGCGGUCGUUAUGCUCGUAGUCAACGAAAAGAGCCUAUGCUCACAUAUGGUUUAGAAGCGGAACAAGGCCUAUACUUGGAUAUUCAAAUACAAAUUGAUACAUUAGAGCAAAAUUUAACUACUGACAUGUUAAACUACAUUAUGGUUGUUGUAAAGUUAUUCAUGAAGGAAAUAAAUGAGGUUAUACAGAAAAUGGCUGGUGAAGAACGACCUCGUCUGCGCAAACCGCUUUCAAGAUUUACAUAUAAUCAGAUGAGUCAAGCAGAAGAUUUUACACAUUCAAGUACAUCCAAUACUCAAAAUAUCCCAACUGGUGAUUGGCUUUUAUCACGUGCUGCACGUGGAAGAGCUAAAUUUACAAUCAAAAUACGAAUGAAAGAAAUUCAACUACCAUCAAAUUUAAAUAUUCGUCCUAAUACUACAUCUAGUUAUUUCUUUGAAUCUGGAAGGAAGUCUUCGAUAGGAUUAAAUAGUAGUCAUAAUUCUCUUUUCAUAUAUGCUACUAUAGCCAAUAUUGGUUUAGAUCUAGGCUAUUUUGAUCAGGAUACAUUCCAUGCACUUAGUCCUGAUUUCCAAAAUGUUGCGUUUUUCCGUACGUCAAUCGCUUUACGUUCUUUACUAGCCGAUGAAAAAUUUUCACCAGAUCAAAGUGUAGAAUUGUCUACUUCUAACAGUAGAAGUCAUGGUGAACAAGAUGCGUUUCUUAUUUCUUUAAAUCGACCCAUUGUUUGGCUUAAACCUUUCACACUUGAUCGUGGUAUAAUGAUGUGGAUGGUGUACAAAGAUGAAUUUGCUAAAUGGAAUGAACACAUAGAACAUUUAGCAUCUAUGAUGCCUCCUGAAGACGUCACAGAAUCAAUUCCAGUUCGUUCAAAUUUUAUUCAUAGUGUACAUUAUCCUACUGGAUAUUCACCAAAAGAUCAUUCUCAAUAUAUAUCCAUAUCUUCUGCUCCACCACAUUCAUCUGUUCAUCCAUCUGCAACAAGUGUGAAUGAAAUACCGGAUGUCUCAAUCGAAGCUAAUCUGUCGAAUAAUAAUACUAACAAUAAUAAUAAAACAUCGUCAACCUUAUUCCUUCAACUUAGCAUUGAAGAUCUUGGUGUUUGUUUGCCUAUUCAUAUGGUCAAGUUACCGUCACAAAGUUUGAAGUCGGAUUCACGAACUGCCUUAGUUUUAACAUUGGAUAAAAGUCGUAUUUCUGCAUGUUAUCAAGAUUCUCUUGUUAGCCAAGGAGAAUUUACUGAUUUCUGUUUACGUUUCGACGAUGAAUUUAAUGUUGGUUCAGAUGAUUGGAAACCAGACAAAAAACGAUCAACAAUCGAUGUGAAAGGAAAACGUUACGUUGUCAUAUUGAAUGCGUGUGUUGUUCCUAGUGGAACAUUUAAUGUGUGCUGGAGAGAUCUAGAAAAACGUGGGCAGUGGCAUAUAGCCAUUAACUGGCAGAUGCGUGGUCUAGAUUUUCACCUGGAUGAUAAUAUUGGUCGACGUUUAAAGGCGUUGUUUACCAUCCUUACAAGAAUGACGGGUUAUAAUGACGCAGCGCCCUUAUUACCAACCUCUGGUGAAGAAGAAGAAGAGGGAGAUGAAGAACGUCAGUCACGUGACAUGGUAAAUGCACAUGAAAACCAGUGA